AUGGCCCUUCUCACAAGCCAGGCCGGCACUCUGCUAGGCCCUCUAAUGACAACAUGGACUAUGCCCGAGACUUGCUCAAUUUACAUGCCGUCAUGUUCGACAUGCACCCAAGGAUUCAGAGCACAGUCCUGCAAUUCGAUAAACGAUGGCCAAGUGCAGGAUAACACGGCGUGUUGGCCGCCAGCCAAGCCGGGGGUUGCGUCUCCAUCAUGGCCCUUUGUGGGAUGGGGAUUCUACUCUCCCGGUAUUGCGUGUCCGGCAGGAUACAUGACUGCUUGUACGGCAGUUUACGGGCAGCGGCCUGAAUGGGAUAUCCAAUUCACCCUGGUGUCGUCUGAAACUGCCGUGGGAUGUUGUCCAACGGGUUUCGCAUGCGCCAACAUCAACGGAAACACAUGCGUUGCAACGGCUACGUCCACUGCCGUUCCAACAGCCUUUUGCGAUGGCACCAAACUCACCGAUUCCGGCACCGAGACGUUUCCCCAUGUCAUUACGAUCACCCAGACGGAUACAGCCAGUGACACGGUGGAUGUAGAGACGACGUCGCUGACAAUGAUGUUAUACGCCCCGAUGUUCCAGCUCAAUUUCCAAGCAAGCGAUUUACCUGCCUCGACAACCACCGCAUCCACUACACUAUCAACAAGAACGACAUCCUCAACAAGUCAUUCAGGGCUCUCCAACGGAGCCAAAGUUGGGCUGGGAGUUGGCCUUGGUCUCGGAGCGGCCUUUUUACUCGCUUUCGCCGCCUUCAUAUACUAUUAUCGACGCGCAAGGAGAUCUCAGAUACCUAUCAGCAGCGAACUUCCAAACAACGAGGUAGCAGAAGAAACUCCAAAGGUCAAGAAGUUGCCUGGUCAGGUAUACGAAAUGGGAGAUUAUUACGCCCCCGCUGAGCUACCCGGUGAUAACCACGAAGGAGAGCAUUUACAAACCGCUUCGAGAUUCGCAUAA